AUGGACCGAAAUGGUGUUCAACCCCAUCGUGCUCCUGGUGCCUCACUUACCAACAAUAUCUUCUCAUCUGAAAAUGGUGAAAUGUGUCUAGUCCUUAUAGUAUAUAAUGCUGCUACGGAGGAUCGAGCUCAUGGGCUAAUUCCGUUCCUCAUGAUAGCCUCCAUAGGAACGAGAAAGACGUGUGGUUUCGACCGCUUAGACGACCUUGGACCUGUCUGUUAUCGGGAACGCAUAUAUCUCCAUGUCGAUGCAGCAUAUGGA